AUAACUACAAAAAAUCCUCUUUGGUUUCUUGUACAUGCCUCAUUUAGUUCACAAAUGGUGACCACGUUACAACCCUUGAAUCUGCACACAACAAAACUCACUAUCCACUGCUCCUCUAACAGCAAGAGAAGCAAGAACAAGCCUAAGCAGCAGCUUCACCAAAAGCAAAGCACCAAGCUCCUCUCUUUCUCAAACCCAACCCCAACCCCUCUCAUUGUCUACCAUAAACCCCAAACCCAAACCAAGCUCCAAGCCCUUGAAGCCAUCAUCAAAGAACUCGAAACGUCCAGUGAAAACGGCAUAGACGUCGACACUGAAACCUUUGCUUCCCUUUUGGAAACAUGUUACAAACUGGACGCCAUGGAUUACUGUCUAAGAGUCCAUAGACUCAUACCCAGAAAUCUUUUACGUAGAAAUGUAGGCCUCUCAUCUAAGCUUCUUAGACUCUAUGCGUCAUGUGGGUUCGUUGAGGAAGCACACCAGGUGUUCGAUGAAAUGCCCAAGAGAGACGUUUCGGCUUUUGCUUGGAAUUCACUUAUAUCUGGGUAUGCUGAGUUGGGUUUGUAUGAGGAUGCUAUGGCAUUGUACUUUCAAAUGGAGGAGGAGGGGGUUGAACCGGACCGGUUUACGUUCCCUCGGGUGUUGAAGGCUUGUGGGGGAAUUGGGUUUGUUCAGGUUGGUGAGGCUGUGCAUAGGCAUUUGGUGCGUUUGGGGUUUGUUGGUGAUAGGUUUGUGCUUAAUGCAUUGGUGGAUAUGUAUGCUAAGUGUGGUGACAUUGGGAAGGCUAGGAAGGUUUUUGAUAAGAUUGGUAGCAGGGACAAGGUUUCUUGGAACACAAUGCUCACUGCUUAUAUGCGCCACGGGCUUUUGUUGCAGGCAUUGGACAUUUUUCACCAGAUGGUGAAAGAAAGGUUCCAGCCGGACUCGGUUGCUAUAUCUGCAAUUCUCAGUGAGGUGCCAUCACUGGAGCUUGUUGUUCAAAUUCAUGGGUGGGCUAUUCGGCAAGGAGUUGAGUGGAAUUUGUCGACUGUCAAUUCCUUGAUUGCUGCAUAUUCCAAUCAUGGAAAGUUGAGGCAAGCUCGUCGGCUGUUUUGUCAAAUGCCUGAGAAGGAUGUGGUGACAUGGAACACUAUAAUUUCAGCACAUUCUAAAAGCAGAGAAGCUUUGGUGUACUUUGAACAGAUGGAGAGUGCCGGUGCCUUGCCAGACGCUAUCACAUUUGUGUCGAUGCUUUCGGUUUGUGCGCAUUUGAGUUUGGUGAAGGAUGGGGAGAGAUUGUUUUCUAUUAUGAAAAACAGAUACAGAAUUAGCCCAAUAAUGGAACAUUAUGCUUGUAUGGUGAAUCUUUAUGGAAGGGCAGGUUUAAUUAAAGAAGCUUAUGGUCUGAUAAUGGAAGGAAUGGAGUUUGAGGCUGGUCCAACUGUGUGGGGUGCGUUGCUAUAUGCUUGCUACCUUUAUGGGAAUGCUGAGAUUGGAGGGGUUGCAGCUGAAAGACUCUUCGACUUGGAGCCUGAUAAUGAAUAUAAUUUUGAGCUUCUGAUGAAGAUUUACAGCAAUGUGGGUAGACUGGAUGAUGUAGAGAGAGUAAGAAUGAUGAUGGUGGAUAGAGGAUUGGACUCGUAG